AAAAUUUUUCUACUGUGUCUACAUUUGACACAAAUCACGACGUCACCGCUUUGCCGCGUCAUUUAAAUUCUUCCCCUCCAAGUUUCACUUUCUUAUAUAAAUCCUUCGCGAAAACAUUUCUCGAUUUUUCACAAUUCAAAUUUGCACUCGAGUUUUUCCAGUGUCUUUUGCGGUAGUGAUGAGUUCCAAUUCGGGUUCCAAAUCGAAACGGAGUUUGAAUUCGACGUCUUCAAACCCUUCUUCAUCCGAUGGCAAGAGGAAAAAAACCGCUCAGAAAACCCUCGGCAUGGCUUGGGGAGCGAAUUCUCGUUCCGCCUUCCGCAAGUCACCAUUCACCGAUGUUGGCAGUUACAUGGCUGUGAAGAAUCAGAAAUUACAGGAGCAGUUUGCUGCUGCUGCUUCAAGCUCUUCAUGCAGUGGGUCCAGUUCGGGGAAUAUAUUUUCUGGGGUGUCAAUUUUUGUUGAUGGAUAUACUGUUCCCUCAAGUCAGGAGCUCCGAGGAUAUAUGUUGAAGUAUGGAGGUCGCUUUGAAAAUUAUUUUUCAAGGCAUCGGGUCACACAUAUAAUUUGCAGCAAUCUCCCUGACAGUAAAAUCAAGAAUUUGAGGUCAUUUAGCGGUGGGCUUCCAAUUGUUAAACCUGCGUGGCUACUGGAAUCUGUUGCUGCUAAUAAACUUCUUAGUUGGACUCCUUAUCAACUUGAUCAACUUGCUGCUGAAAAUUAUAACCAAGCAAAGUUGUCUUCCUUCUUCACUCUCCAAUACAACGAAGCACCAAAGAUUGCAAAUAAUUCUGUUGAUGAUAGUAAUAAUCAAUUAGUUAUUAGAAAGGAUGAAGGUCGUGCCUCUUUAGAACAAGCAGAAAGCUGCAAUGAAGAAGAGAUUGACCUUUUGCAACUUAAGACUGAUAGGGUGAUGUCUGAAGGGCCAUCGUGCAGUGUAGAAAGUUCAUGUGAAGUAAAAGGUCUUGAGCAGAGUGAUUGUUCACCUUCAGAUAUGAAAAUUUCUGAUUUGGAGUACAGGUCUAGUCCAUGCAAGGCUACUGUUACUCAUUGCAGCAAUAGCUUGGAUAAUUAUAACUCUUGUGAAGCUUCAAGCUCAAGAAACUGUCUGCCCACAAAUCAACUCCACUCAACACUCUCAGAUCCCAAUUUUGUGGAAAAUUAUUUUAAGAGUUCCAGACUGCAUUUUAUUGGUACUUGGAGAAACCGAUAUCGUAAGAAAUUUCCCAGCUUGUCUAGUGGGAUUACAUCCGGAGUUUCUAAUCUCUACACUGUGGGUUCCAGUCAGAAAACUGGUGUAGCGAAUGAGAAGAAUGUUGUGAUACACAUAGACAUGGACUGCUUCUUUGUUUCAGUAGUCAUCAGGAACCGUCCUGAGUUACAUGGGAAACCUGUUGCCGUCUGUCAUUCAGAUAAUCCCCGAGGCACAGCUGAAAUUUCAUCAGCCAAUUAUCCCGCCCGAGAAUAUGGAGUGAGGGCAGGAAUGUUCGUCAAAGAUGCAAAGAUUAGGUGCCCUCAGCUUGUAAUUGUUCCAUAUGACUUCAGAGCUUAUGAGAUGGUUGCAGAUCAGUUUUAUGACAUUCUUCACAAUCACUGCAACAAAGUGCAGGCUGUGAGCUGUGACGAAGCAUUCUUGGAUGUAUCUGACUCAAAAGUGGGGGACUAUGAGCUUUUAGCCUCGAUAAUCAGAAAGGAGAUUCUUAACACCACAGGAUGCACUGCUAGUGCAGGAAUUGCAGAAAAUAUGCUUAUGGCUUGCCUUGCCACAAGAACUGCAAAACCUGACGGGCAGUUCCAUAUUCCUCCUGGAAAGGUGGAUGAUUAUUUAUACACACUUCCUGUUAAGGCACUUCCUGGUAUUGGACAUGUUUUGGAAGAGAAAUUGAAGAAAAAACAAAUUAGAAUAUGUGGCCAAUUGCGUCCAAUUGCCAAGGAGUCCCUUCAAAAGGAUUUUGGAAUGAAAACUGGAGAAAUGCUGUGGAACUAUAGUAGGGGAAUAGACAGCCGACUGGUUGGAUUGAUUCAGGAAAGCAAGUCUAUUGGGGCAGAUGUUAACUGGGGUGUCAGAUUCAAUAAUGCAAACGAUGUUCAGCAUUUUCUAACAAGUCUAUGCAAGGAGGUAGCACUUCGAUUGCAGGGAUGUGGAAUGCAAGGACGAAUUUUUACACUCAAGAUAAAGAAGAAGAAAGGUGAUGCAGGAGAGCCAAUAAAGUACAUGGGUCAUGGGGACUGCGAGAAUCUGAGCCAUACGAUAACGAUCCCAAUGGCCACAGAUGAUGUCGGCGUGCUUCAGAGGUUGGCAACUCAGCUUUUUGGACAUUUCCACAUAGAUGUUGAAGAUAUUCGAGGUGUGGCCUUACAGGUCUCAAAACUUGAAGGAGCCGGUGAUAGCAGACGUGGUAACAAACGAAAUUCCAUUCUUUCCUGGGUUUCCUCCACAUCAGCAAAGGAGCAGAACCAGAACCUAAUAAGUGAUCUUCCAAAAUGUGGUGAGUCAGAUGCUUGGAGGCCAACCAAUGGUGUGUUGUGUCAGCCAGGCUCCAGCAUGAAAGGAUCCUGUAUUGAAAUGCAAACUGGCUUGUCCAGCUCUGAAACUGGCAUUCACAAUUCCACAGGCAUUCCUCCUCUUCAAGAUCUAGAUGUGGCUGUUAUAGAGUCUUUACCCCCUGAUGUGGUUUCGGAAAUUAAUGAAAUGUAUGGCGGGAAGUUAUUAGGUUUCAUUUCUGCAAGUAAAAACAAAAUUAUCAAUACAAACAUCCAUGAUGCCUCAACAAAAAGUUACGAAGAUUCAGGUGUAGCAGUUGAGGAUAUGGGAUCUCUCUCAGGGGCACAUCUUUUGGAAUCAAAUACGGUUGCUACUGAUAAGGUAAUGGGAUGUGACAAGGAAGAAGAUCCUGAUUUGGCUGCAUCUGCUACUUUCUCUCGGAAAGAUAUCAUGCCCUCAUCUCUAAGUCAAGUAGAUUCCUCAGUGUUCCAAGAAUUGCCUGAGGAAUUCAGAAAAGACAUUAUUGAGCAUCUUGGCCAUCACCAAGGAGCAGAAUUUUUCAAAGGAGCCUUCAGUGAUGUGUCUGAUAAACAGACUGAAGUUGAAUCCUCUGACUUAAGUGGCCUUUGGGUCGGAAAUCCUCCGAAGUGGGUUAAGAAGUUCCAAAUAAGCAACUGUGGCUUGUUAACUAUUUUUGCUGAAAUAUAUCUGUCUGGAUCUGGUGGUUGUUUGUCUUCUCUACUGCAGUGCUUGAUGUGUAGGGUAUUUGUACUCACUGGAGUUGGCACUGACGGAUUUGGUAAUGAUGUUAGUUGGCUGGAUGAGCUUUUCAAGCAAUAUAUAGAUCUCAAAAUUACAACAGAUGUUGAGGAGAUCUAUGUAUGUAUAUGCCUAUUGAGAAGGUUGACUGGGAGGUUUGAGUUUCUCUUACAAGUCUACAAUGCUAUAAUGCCUCACUUGCAGGCAUCUAUGGGUGAACACUAUGGGGGCACCCUUUGCAUUCCUUUGCUGUAGAAAUUGUUUGUGCAGACCUCAUUGGCUAUGACGGAAAAUGCUAUGGCAAUGCAAGGGAAUGAGGCUGUCCAGUACACUGCCACGAACAACGCAGCAACAACGGCAGGUGGUGCUCGGUUUGUCAGGGAUAUCGGUACCCAGUAUACCUUACAGGCCAUGGAUGCCUCCACCGUCUUCAUCUGGA